GCAUGUUCAUUUUUUCGAAGCCAUGUGGAAAUUUUUUAAAAUUUUUGUACCCAAAAAAUUGCUCGAAUAAGUGUCGAAAAUCGAGCAGUUAUGCUCGUAGGAAAUCGUUUUAGACAAAGUCUUCUCACUCACACAAGACUAUGGUACCUGAUAAAUGCAAAGGACCAAAUAAACGGGCGUUUAGCGGCGUAUAUUGCAACGAUUUUGCAAGGCAAGACCAAACCAAUAUGGCACCCUAAGGCCGAUGUUGGUGAUUUUGUCGUCGUGGUUAACACGAAAGACAUUGCAUUUAGCGGGCGAAAAUGGGAUAGGAAAGUGUAUAGGCAUCACACAGGCUAUCCUGGGGGACUGAAAGAAACAAACGCAAUAUCUCUGCACCGGAAAGAUCCAACUCGGGUGCUCUGGCGAGCAGUAAAUGGCAUGCUCCCUAAAAAUAAUUCAAGAAAGGUUUUCAUGUCAAGAUUGUUUUUGUUUGAAGGAGAAGAACAUCCUUAUGCCGAGAACAUUUAUGCUCAAUUAGAAGCACCUGCUUCAAUGCCGAAGAGAGUUGAUGAAUUUACAAAGGAGGAGUUUGAAAAAUACCCUAAACUAUUUUGACAAUGUUGUCAUGUGAAUAUAUUGAAAUGUAAAUAUUAAAUUAUAUAGAAAUACAAUAUGCAGUUGCAAUGUAAGAUUAGAAUACAUUCUUAUCAAUUGAUUUGGUUUGAAGUCAUUUUUUUUCCUAAUUUUGGGCCAAUUUAUAUUGGUGGUUUAGUGAAUUUCCCA